AUGGACAAAACCCGAUCGCCAACGUUUGCGACAAGACGGCUCGCGGUCCCGUUCUUGCUGACGAUAGCGGCGGCGUCGGUGGUGGCGCCCGCGGCAGCAGCGCCGCCGAACCCGACGCGAUCCCAAGCGCAUUGGCCGCCCCCGAUGCGGACUGGCGAAGUGGCGCCGGCGGCGCCGCCGAGGCUGCACCAGCGCGACUGCCCCGAUUACACGUCCUGGGCGGUCGACCGCGGACACAGGCCGCUGUCCAAGGGGCGCAACAUGCUCCCGAUGCAGCGGCCCGAGCCGGACUGCAGGACGUUUGUCAUCGACGAGGUCGAGGAGACCAUCGCCGAGAUGAGGCGGGCGGUCGCCGAUCCGGACCUGUUUCGGCUGUUUGAGAACUGCUUCCCCAACACGCUUGACACGGCGGUCAAGUGGCAGGGGUUGGCUGCGCAGACAAAGCUCCCACGGAACCUGAGAGUAGGGAGGUGGUUGAGAGACAGCGCGAACCAGCUCCAGAGCUACAAAUCCUUGCUGAGAGCGACCCCUUCCAGGGGCUCUCUGGCGUCGCUCUUCCGCGGAACAAUCAACAUGCAAGCACGCUUCAUCGAGAAGUCGCCGCACUGCAAUGCUUUUCGAGCGCCGCCAGAGUCUGGCAUCAGCACCAACAUGCCUAUCUCGUCAGAUUAUGUUUGGCCGAUACCUGACAAGGCAGUCGUGUUUGAGUGCAAGUGGGAGCUAGAUAGCUUGGCUGCGUUUUUGCAGUUGUCGCACGAAUACUACGAGGGCACCGGGGACCUGGCCUUCUUUGGAAAGCACGGCUGGGUCGAUGCGAUCGAAGCCAUCAUGAACACGACUACGGCGCUACAGGCAGGCACCUACACCGAGGAGGGGUUAACCAACGCGUCGCCCUACCGCUUUCAGCGGCAGACAUCCACGGCGAGCGAGACGCUCAGCAACUCUGGGGACGGCAACCCCGUAGUAGGUGGCACGGGCUUGGUACGCAGCGCCUUCCGGCCCUCGGACGACGCCACCAUCUACCAGCUCCUCGUCCCGGCCAACAUGAUGUUCUCGAGGUACCUCGCGUCGUGCGCCGAGAUCAUGGCCAGGCUGGCGGAUGAUACGCGGGACUACACCCACGGCAGUUUUCGACGCAGCCUGGCCCGGGACAUGUCUGCUUUGGCCGAGCAGGUCCGUCGCGGCAUCGAGAAGCAUGCCAAGGUCAGGCAUCAUGUCUAUGGGGAGAUGUACGCCUAUGAGAUUGACGGGUCUGGUUCGCACAACCUCAUGGAUGAUGCCAAUCUCCCGUCUCUCUUGAGCUCUGCCAUGAUGGGCUUUGUGUCAACAGAUGAUGCGACAUAUUUGAACACUCGAAAGUUCAUUUUUAGCAAAGACAAUCCCUAUUUCAUGCAUGGCCCGUUUCUCAAUGGCACCGGCGGUCCUCACAUAGGCCCGGGCAUGGCGUGGCCCAUGUCGCUCAUUGUACGCAUCAUGACCACGGACGACGACGACGAGAUCAUGGCGACGCUGAGGCAACUGGUGGAAUCGACGGACGGCCUAGGGCUGAUGCACGAGGCGGUCAACACUUUCAGCGCAUCCAUGUAUACACGCCCUUGGUUCUCGUGGGCCAACGGUCUGUUUGGCCAGAUGAUGCUGGAUUUGAAGAGUAGGAAACCUCACAUUUUGAAAACGGUUUACUUUCAAUGA